GAAGCAGCGGAGACUUUCGAACAAGCGGGAAGCGAAGAUUUGGAGGGGAGAAGUUGAAAACAGUAGUAAAGAGUUAACGGCUGUAGAGUCCCCGAGAGUUGCCGCGUGCUUGUAUCCCUGCAGUGAAGAAAAAGGCUGCUGUGGGAAAGAACACGAGCCGUGCGCCCAAAGGGAUGUUGAGUUGAGUUCGAUUUUCUUAAAGACGCGGGCGGUCCCUCGGGCAUGCGGGCAGUAGUUGCGAAGAGCACAGUCGGAAGGGAACGGAGCCAAUCUAUCUCUUUUACCUGGGAAAUCAAAGCUGUUUCCAGAAUUAGCUGGGUGAAGAACAAGGGACUUUAUGCAAUUGGCUGUUUUCUUGAUCCCAGCUCAGAAUUAGAUCUGAAUGAAAUAUGGCGAAAGCUUUGAAAAAGUCAUUUAAGGAUAGUUUGGAAGAUAUAAAAGAACGAAUGAAAGAAAAGAGAAAUAAAAAAUGGGCAAGGCUGGGUAAAGCAAACCAAGUUUUACCUAUUAAAAGUAAAAUUGCAGAUAAUUCUGUGGCACAGUUGAAAAACGUCCAAGCAAACAAUCGUGCUUUAGCUUUGGCUUUAGAAGAAGAGAGGAGUAAAAUGAGGGAAGCACACGAUAUCAUAUUGUGUUUAAAGAAAGAGUAUCAGAGCUUGAAGUUUCAGAAUUUUGACUUACAAAGAAAGCUUAAGUUACAGCAAGAAAAACAACAUGCUGAGAAUGGAUUCAUGGUAGUGAAGAAGAUUAUUUCUAAAGUUGUUCAAGAUCUACUCAGUGCAGCAAAUAUUCUUGAUCCAUUAAAUGUCUCUUCUGCUAAUUUUAAUACAAUUCAGUGUAACUCCAAACCUGAGGAAUGUGCUUCUGGAAGUUUAAAGAAGCCUGAUUCUUUGGCACUUCUAAGGCACAUUCUUGCUGUAGAAGUAGGUAAAGAAGAUGCAAAUGAAAUACAAGAUAAAGUGGAAAAACUUUAUUAUUAUUCAGAUUGUCACUUAAAUUUCUGUGAUGACAUUGAGAAUACAGCUUCAGUGUCUCACACAGAUACAGGUUACCAGAAUUAUUCCUGUGAAGAUCAUCCAGAUCAUGUAAACUCUGGAAGCAGAAUUAUUUCAGUUGAUGAAGACAAGCAAACUGAUUAUUCUGUAUCUAAAAAUGUUUCUACCCGUCGUCGUUAUUUAAAAAUUAAUUCCCUCAGUGAAGUCUUUGAAUCAGAUGAUGGCACUCCAGCUAUCAGUGCUGAUCUUUCAUGUUCAAAGAAUAAUAAUAAUGAAAAUUCUGAAGAAAUAUCUAUUAGUCAGGAGGACAAGCACAGUGUAAACAUUGAUAAAUGUGAAUCAGAUAUGCAAAUUGAAUCUGAUAAAAGUGAUUCAGAUACACAAAUUGAAAAGGCCACAGCUUUUUCAGAACAAAGUAAUUUUAAUAAUAAUGGUGGCUUUAAAACUAAAAAAGGGAAGGGUCAGAAGAGAAAAUUGGUCACCACAAAAAAUGUGCCCAAGGCAAGAUCCAACAAAGACAAAAACUGCAAUAAGCAUGCCGGACCUAAACAAAAAGCAAAUACAUCCAUUCCUUCCAAUGAUGCUUAUGACUUUAUUAGUGAAGAAUCUGUUCAUAUAACACCUUUCCGGCAAAACAAACAAAAUGAACAUGUUGAUGACAAAGAGUAUACAAAAGGAGAAAUAUGUAGUGGUGAAUCGUCUGUUUCAGAAGAAGAUCCUAACGAUAGUCUCUAUGUGCCUUACUCAAAAAAAUCAAAAUCCAAUGAAACUUUAAAUACUGGAACAGAUGUAAUCCCACUACGCACAAAAUUACGAUCCAAGAAAACUGUGCCUGAGCAACAUGAUAUAAAUCCUGAGGGGGAAAACAGGAAUACUAAGAUAUUUGAAUCUUAUUUGGAUGAAUCAUCUGAGGCACUUCAAAAACAUCAUCUCAAUGAUAUUACCAAUGUUGCAUCAACUUCUUACCAAACAAGAAUUUCUUACCUAGCCUUGGGUACCAUAGCAAAAGAUGCUACUCACCAAAGACGUAGAAGUACUAGUUACGUGAGUUAUAAGGAGCCAAGUCUCAGUGGGAAACUUAGAAGAGGAGACCCGUUUACAGAUACCAGCUUUCUGAACUCUCCCAUUUUUAAAGAGAGAAAGAACAACAAAUCCAAAUCUCUUAAUAAAAAGAUGCUGUCCAGAUACAAUGAAGCAUUUGUUGGUUAUUAAGAUACUCAUAGAAUAUCCUUAGCUUCUCAUUAAUAUUAUGCUGAAAGUAUAUUAACUAAAAUUCUGGAGAUGGAGCUUUUUGCAUGUUUCUGAUCUAGAUUUAUGAAUAUUGAUAUUUUAUAUCACACAUCCACUGACUUCCAGAAUGUAUCUAUUCAGAAAGAUGUGAAUAACCUAUUGUCAUUUUAAUAGGAGCUACUUCCUGAACGUGAUAGAAAACAAUAGGUUUGAAAUGCAAUUAUCAUUUAUUUGCUAACAAAUGCAGUUUAUUUUAACAGUCUGUCAUUAGAAAUAAACUUGUACUUUCUAAACUAUUAUUUAUAUGUCAUUUAUAAUAAAACAUGAAUAAUUUUGAUUAAAGGUAAUUUGGUUUAAUUAUCAAUGACAGUUUCAGUCUCCAUAUUUUUGCAACUAUUCUAACAGUUUGUAAAAAAUAAGCUGAAUAUGUUAACUUGUAGGUUUAUUAGGAAUAAACACCAGUGAAUACUAGUAGUUCUGAAUGAAUGUGAGUUGGCUUAUAUUUCACAGCUAUCCAACUUCCACAUUGUCAUAAGUCUUGUGGGAUGUGAUGUAUCAAGUUAUGUGCUAGUAUUUUUAUUCAGUUAUUUCAAAGCAACUAUUAGUCUUCUAAUAGCACUUACAGCAAAGAGAAAGAUAAGUAGAAACCUAACCGUAUUUACUUUUAGUACAAGAAUUUCAACUAAUAGUUAUAUCCAAAAUUGUUUUUUUUCUGGUCUUUUGUGUCUUUAGAUUGUAAGCCUAUGGUAUCAGUGAUUUAACUAGUUUUUCUAAGUAGAUAUCUUUUAAGGAAAAUGUAAAAGUCAUAAAUAACAUGUUUUGAUUUCACUUGAAACUUAUAUUAAUCUGUAUGAAAUCUCGAAAUUCCAUUGAAUUUGCUACUGCACAGUGAGUUCCAGUUCUUAUUACCUGAAGGUGUUAUAGUAUACUUAUAUUCCAUUUCAUAAAAUGAGGGUACUCUACAAACAAUGAGUAUGUCUGGUAUUUUUAUAUGCAAAUUACAAAAUAGCACACAAGAUCAAUGUUAUACAUAUAAUUUAAAACCAUUUUAUACCAGUACAAUAAAUAAUUUUACAAAUGUAAAAUUUCAGUUAAAGUAUUUAAACACAUACUGUGUAUAACUUUAUUGCACAAUAUCUAUGAAAAUAAUCUUUAAAUUAGGAACCAAAAUGUUCUCAAUAUAGAAGAGACUCUAAUUUCAAGACAAUAAGAAUCUUUGAAAAUAACACUUUCACAGGAUAUCAAGCUUUAGAGGUGACUCUGUUGGCCCAGUUUACAAAAUACAUGAAAAUUACUAUUUAAAUAUUCUAAAACAAAGUUGCAUCAUUGUACCUUAAAUACAAAGCUCAUUCUGGUUUAUAUAAAGCGCUAAGGCAUUUCUAUAUUUCUAUUUUAUCUAUUAUGUACCAUUUCCUUCUAGCAAUGUUCAUCUAAUCUGAAUAAAACAUUACUAUAGGCAUUGUGCCAAAAAAACCUCCUUUGUAAUGUCAUUUGUUACCUUCUAUAAGUUUACUAGUGAAAUAUUUCAGCAUGAACAGUGUCUGUUUGUAUGUACAUGUGCAUGUACACACACACACAUAUACAUACAUAAACAUACUAGGGGUAUUUUACUUUCCCCUCCAGUGUUGAGAUACAUUGUAGAAUUGAGUGGUUAAUGAGUAUGGCUUCCCUAAUAACUAAUGAUAUGAAAUGAAGUUUAUUUCUUAUGUAUAAUGUAAGAAAUAGCUCAAAUAU